CUUCAGACAAAAUAAAUGCUACCAUAUUUACUAGUAUAGCUAGUAUACAGUGCACAGAAUGAGAGCAGUUAUGCGUUGUUUUAAAUUUAAAAAAGUUAUAUGCAAUCGUUAAAGUCGCGCAUAAAGUUUCCUUCCACUGUAUCUAGUUAAACACAAUUGAAAGGAAUAACAUUUUCCGAGUGAUGUAAGGAUAAUGCAGAAACGUUGACAGUGCUAUCGUAGUUGUUAAAUAAACUAUUCCUACGGCAAUAGAAAAACAGUGCAAGGAGAAACAAUACAAAAACAAUACCUCUGUUACUGUAUUAUAAAUGGCCCUAUUAUUCACAAGCAUGUGGGACUCGACAAUGUUUCUGAGCACCUUAACCCCGAAGUUCUACGUCGCUCUUACCGGAACAUCGUCCCUGAUCUCCGGAUUAAUCCUGAUCUUCGAAUGGUGGUAUUUCCGAAAGUAUGGUACAUCUUUCAUUGAACAAGUAUCAUUAAAUCAUAUUUCACCAUGGAUCGGGGGAGGUGACAAUGGAUCAGAUGGUAGUAGCUCGGGUUUAAAUGGUUCAAGUUCAAAUCAACAAAAUGUUCCGGAGUGUAAAGUUUGGCGUAAUCCUAUAAAUUUAUUCAGAGGUGCAGAAUAUCAAAGGUUUUAUUGGACCACGAACAAAGAACCAUUAACGUAUUAUGAUAUGAAUUUAUCUGCUCAAGAUCAUCAAACGUUUUUCACCUGCGAGGGUGAUACAGGUAAGGCUGAAUAUGAAAUUAUGCAAACAGCAUGGAGAGAACGAAAUCCAGUUGUGAGAAUAAAAGCUGCUCACAGUGCUCUCGAGCGAAAUCCUGAUUGUGCUCCUGCAUACAUUUUAUUAGCUGAGGAAGAAGCUACUACUAUUGUAGAAGCAGAGAAGAUUUUGAAGCAAGCUUUGAAAGUAGCAGAAAAUAAUUACAGAAGGUCUCAGAGCACUCAGCAUCAAGGUGCCAUUGCAGAAGCUAUACACAGGAGGGAUACGAACGUAUUAAUAUAUGUUAAACGAAGAUUAGCCAUGUGCGCGAGGAAAUUGGGGAAAUUGAAAGAGGCGAUAAAAAUGUUUAGAGAUUUGACUAAGGAAGUUCCACCGAUCAUGAACGUAUUAAACAUUCACGAGAAUUUAAUCGAAGUUCUAUUGGAAUCGCAGGCGUACGCAGACGUCCAAGCAGUAUUAGCGAAGUACGAUGAUAUAAGUCUACCGAAAUCUGCGACUAUUUGUUAUACUGCAGCGUUGCUGAAAGCGCGAGUAGUUGCUGAUAAAUUCUCAACGGACAUCGCUAGCAAAAGGGGUUUAACUACACCGGAGAUGAUAGCAGUCGAAGCUAUUCACAGAGCCGUUGAAUUCAACCCUCAUGUACCUAAAUAUUUGUUAGAAAUGAAACCUUUAAUUUUACCGCCUGAACACGUACUGAAAAGAGGAGACUCCGAAGCGAUCGCUUAUGCAUUCUUCCACCUUCAUCAUUGGAAGCAGGUGGAAGGAGCACUUAAUUUAUUACAUUGUACGUGGGAAGGAACGUUCAGGAUGUUGCCCUAUCCUCUAGAAAGAGGACAUUUGUUUUAUCCGUACCCAACUUGCACAGAGUGCGCGGAUCGCGAACUCUUACCCUCGUUUCACGACGUGAGCGUUUACCCUAAAAAGGAGUUACCGUUUUUCAUUUUGUUUACCGCGGGCCUGUGUUCCUUCACAGCACUCUUAGCGCUUUUGACGCACCAGUAUCCCGAUACUAUGGGCGUAGUUGCCCGAUCGAUGCUCGCUUGGUUCUCCCAUCCGUUUUAUUAUAUUUUAGACAAAUUAGAAGCUAUCUUGCCCUCUAAUUUAUUACAACAGCUCUCUAGAAUAUAAGACAUAUAUGAUCUCUGUAAUCAUGACUCUUAUUGUGAUAUUUAUGACACUUAUGCUUUCGUUGUCAUAUACAUCAAUUACAUGUAUACAUUCGUACUUCCCAAAUUUCUUAUGACUCAUAUCCUAAUAUGUACGUAUUUAUAAAAUUGAUUAUUUACUGAAUGUUGUUAGCUGAAAACGCUGUGUAGCGAUCAGUACAUGUACGACUAAUAAAAAUUUGAAUAUCUUUGAA